CAGCCAUCCUAUUACAGCACUGAAUAAAAGCAGGAACGGCAUGUCUAUCCUAGGUUAAUAAACCUUAUCUAGUGCAUGCCUUAAAAACACUGUGAAACAGCCUUAACUGAGCUUCAGAUAACUAAUUUCAAGCAUGGCUGUCUAGUGUGCCUGUCAUUCCUAUUGUCCUCCCAAACUAUUUCAGACAUUUUGAGCAGGGAGUACUAAGCUAUGAGUUAGCAGGGGUUGUGACAUUAAUGGUCCAAAAAGGUUUAAGCACCGGGAGGUAACGAUGACAGCGCUUAACAACUGGUGGCACUUCGGAGGAUUCCGCUGGAUCCCUGUUUAUUAAUAAUUAGGCUUCGCCUCGGAGGAAGAUGUGACAACUAUCGGAGGGGAAAAAGAUCCUAUCACAACCAACUGUGGACCAUGCAUUUCUUCUGCCAGAAAAAACAGCUUUUAUUUUUGCUGUAGGAGCAGAUAAGUGCAUAGCGUGGAAUCACUUAGCAGAUUUAGACGAAUGAGAGUGUCUCUCUGGAGCACUCUUGACUCAGAAAAACAAAUACCACCCAAGGACAACGUGGUCCAGAUGGAGGUGACUGAAGAAAAGGCUGAAAAGCCCCUAUUUUUGCACAGGCACAAGCAAGGAUACACAGGGUCAAGUGAGCUUUGGAGAAGCAGCUGCACAUCUGCUUUGUCACAGCCGUGGCAUUUCUAAAAGCAAGGGUUGUACUGCAAGGAAAAGCGUCUUUCUGACCACUUGCCUGGCACAGGACCGAGCAGCUCAGGAUCAGCUUCGACAGAACCAGCUCCUGGCAAAAGCUCGGCCGCAUCCAGCCCAGCAAGCUCACAUCAGCCCCCGGACACUGCAAGAUCAGUUUGAAGCACCAGACAAGCCUUUUUUUCUCCCUGUCUGACUUCUGCAGAGUUUUCUUCAAGGAGCAGGUGAGAGUGCCGAAUCCUGCCAAGAGACCCCAAGUUUCCUGCCAUUCCUGGGAACUACCAUAAUGCCCAGGAAACGCGUGAACAGUCCAGCCAGCCGGAGACGCAUAAACCAAGCAGAUGGGAAGCGGAGUUUUAAACAUGGUGACAACAAGGAGCUUUGUAAAAUAAAGUUUGGAGACCAAAAGCUUGGCUUUUUAGGGCUGACUUUUUUCAGAGGGUCUUCUCACCUGCUUCCUUCUGGCACCUCAUUUCAGAAAAAGUACUGAACACCGAUGUUUUGUCUCCCUUUUAAGAACACAGAGAAAUUAAAAGCCCAGGAACUGCAAGAAAAGUGAGAAAUAUUUGGAGACAGACAUCGAGAGACAAGAUACAUGGAAACCUCCCGCUCACAAAUAGGCUCUUCCCAAAGGUGAAAACUACAGAAGUAUGUAGAUGAGAGGAAAAAUCUUCCGGACAGAUUCAAUUGAAAUCUCCGUAUUGGGACCAGCUGCUCCUCUGUUGCUAAGGUCCUUCCAUCGUCCCACUGCAGCGAGCAAACCCAACACUGGGCAACCCUCUAAGAUGUUUAUUUGGACCAGUGGCCGGAGCUCUACAUCUUACAGACAUGAUGAGAAAAGAAAUAUUUACCAAAAAAUCAGGGAUCAUGAUCUACUGGACAAAAGGAAAACAGUCACAGCCCUAAAAGCCGGAGAAGACCGGGCCAUACUCCUCGGGCUGGCCAUGAUGGCGUGCUCAAUCAUGAUGUACUUCCUCCUGGGAAUCACCCUGCUGCGGUCUUACAUGCAAAGCGUCUGGACAGAAGAGGCUCAGUGCACGCUUCUCAACGCAUCCAUCACAGAAACCUUCAACUGCUCGUUUAGCUGCGGUCCGGACUGCUGGAAAAUCUCUCAGUACCCCUGCCUGCAGGUGUACGUCAAUCUCACCUCUUCUGGCCAAAAGCUUCUACUCUACCACACUGAAGAAACAAUGAAAAUUAAUUCUGAGUGCUCGUACAUACCCAAGUGCGGCAAGAAUUAUGAAGAGUCCAUGUCGCUUGUGAAUGUUGUAAUGGAAAACUUCAGAAAGUACCAACGCUUCUCCUGCUUUUAUGACCCCGAAGGUGUUCAGAAGAACGUGAUAUUAACUAAACUGUACAGCUCCAACGUGCUGUUCCACUCCCUCUUCUGGCCCACCUGCAUGAUGAUCGGUGGGGUUGCCAUCGUCGCCAUGGUAAAGCUGACUCAAUACCUUUCCCUCCUCUGCGAGAGAAUCCAAAGGAUCAAUAGAUAAGAACACAAACUUCUCUGAGAUGUAUUUACAGCUAAAAUACUGUUUUCUCAUUCUUCACCAAAGAACCUUAAGUUUGUAAUGUGCAAGUCUGUUAUAACUUCCUUACUAUAUUCUUAUAAGUAGAGCAAUAAUGCAAAAGCUGUUCUAUAUGCAAACAUGAUGUUAUUAUUAUGCAGACAACAGAAAAAAACUACUGUUUUGUGUUGACCGUCUAUAUGAUCUUGUUUUAUGCUGAGACUAGUACUUCUUUCUUUUCUACAGCCAAAAUAGGGCUCAGUAUGACCAUUUGCCAAGCCUAGUCAAUGAAUACAUUGACAUUUUCAAUGUAAAGGAUUCUGGGGAAAAUUCACCCCUGGACAAAGGGCAGCAAAUGACUUGUGCAUCACUUAGGUCUCACGUCUGACUCAGUCCAUGCAAUAAAUCUGUGGUUUUAUUUUUAUUAUUAUUAUUGGCUGCAGGGAAUAAAAGCAUAAAAUUGACAGUUGUCUGUGAGCAGAGGGCACAGAAUAGAUAUAUUUUGAGGCCGGCAUAAGCAGUAACAGUAUUUUCAGCCUAAGCAGGACUUGGUGAUGCUUUGGGUUAGCUUCCCCAGUUCAGAAGUAAAUUUUACCCUACAGUGUUUAAGGUCUUCUGCAAAACACUUUUAUUUAGUGCGAUAUUUUUCCUAUGUCUUAUCAGCAUCAUCUUUGUCACCUACAGAAGCUGUAGCCAAAAAACAAAAAUCACCUUGUUCCAUUUUCUACUCCAAUCUGAGCCCUAUUGAUGGAGAUGGGACCAGAACACCUUAUGUAAAGGUUUAUUACUCAUUUGUCUUGUAUUUGCUACCAUAUCACUGUAAUGAAAAAAAUAACACAAUCGGCUAUUUUUUCAUUUUUUACUUCCAACUAUUUUAGAUUUUUUUACUUGAUAUAUACAAAUAUAUAUAUAAAGAUAAAGCUAUAUUAUAUCUAGUUGUGUACUGGAACUUGAUUAUGGGGUUUUUUCUUUGUUUGUUUUUACCAACUGGAAAGUGAGCAGUGUAACUCAUGUAUUUAUAACCUUCAGCCUUGGAUAAUAUCAUAACAUGAAGGAGCAGCACUGCAGGAUCUUAUCCAAUAUUCAUGAUGUUGUUUCAGUCAAAAGUCUCUAUUGCUGUGACAUCUGAAUGGACGAAAAUCACACCCAAUUCUAUAGGUCUAUUACCCGAAUUGUUAGAUAAUAAUCAUAGUACUUCUUGAAAUCACUCCUGACCUUAACUCAGUAUGCAGUGCUGGCUGAAGUGAAUUUUUGAUUUAAAAGGCCCAGGUGCAAUGAGUUAUUGGCAAAAUUGAGGUUCAGACUGCUACGUUGUCCUAUCUGUCAGAUAUUUACAAUGGGGAUUUUUCCAGCAUAAUUCUAUGAACACUAUAGUCACAAUUUUUGCAUAAUUUAUUUUUAUUCCUGUCUUCAAAGCAUUUCCUCUUAUGUCACUUUUUAAAGGUACAUCUCAUAGUCUCUUACUUUGCAUUUAGCCUGAGGGAUGAAUGCAAGGCAACCUCUGUAAGUACCCUGUGAACUCACAACCCAAUAGUCCCGAGAAAUUUACAGGCAUAAUUGAAACAAGAGAUAAUUUUACUCCCCUCAAAAAGCCUGCAAAAGAAGAAAGCAAGUAUUCUGCCUAGUCCAUCUACAUAUAAGUAUCUUUCCGCAAUAUAGCAUUAAAAAUUUCAAGAUGUUACAAAACUUUACAAGUCAUGCAAGUGUAAUGUGAGCUGUAAAAAUGAGUUCUCAGCAGUGAAAAUGAAUCUGCAAUCUUGUAAUCAGUAGUAUGAUUUUCCUUAGGUAAAUAAAUUCCUGGAGGGUGGGGGGGUAUAAUCAGGGCUCCAAAAACAUGUAAUAAAUAUAUUCAAUUAAAUCUUCCAGAUUUCACUA